UUUUUUUUUUUUUUUUUUUUUUUUUUUUUUUUUCUCUCCCCAACACACAAAUCGCUUUUCCAUGUCGACAAGCUUUUCAUCUUCGUCGGCGAUCUCGAGAUAAGUGGACGACUAGGACACCAUCAAACCAUAUCCGUGUUGAGCUUUGACCGUUAUUCUCAUGCCUCGCGCUCGGCAGCACGCUCGGUUUUCGAGCGAAGCCCCGUCCGAGUCGUCGAGUUCCUCAUCGCCAGACCGUGCCGCCGAUGACGACACAGAUUUCUUCACCCAGGUGAAUGACUCGCAGUCGUCAGUUGGCAUCGGGAACUCUCGUGAUUCACAGCCCCACAGCGAGCAAGUAGUCCUGCCGCCGAUCGCGCACCUUCCGCCGGAGAUAUUGAUCUCCAUUUUUGCGAAGCUGAACUCACCGUCCGAUUUGUUGAAUUGUUUGUUAGUUUGCCGGGGAUGGGCUGCGAACUCGGUGGGGAUUCUCUGGCAUAGACCGUCUUGCAACAACUGGGGCAAUCUGGGGAAGAUCACAGCUGCCGUAGGCAAGGUGGACGGUUUCUUCGCAUACUCGGGGCUAAUCAAGAGACUGAAUCUGUCCGCUCUGACUGAGGACGUCAGCGAUGGCACUGUUGUUCCGUUUUCCCAGUGCAAACGGAUCGAGCGCCUGACUUUGACCAACUGCUCUAAGCUUACUGAUAAUGGAGUUUCCGAUCUGGUGGAUGGUAGUCGACACCUGCAGGCCCUGGAUGUCUCGGAACUGCGGUAUCUUACGGAUCAUACUCUCUUCAAAGUGGCGGCAAAUUGCCCCCGGCUGCAGGGCCUGAACAUUACGGGAUGCACCAAGGUGACGGACGAUUCGCUGGUUGUUGUAUCACAGAAAUGCCGACAGCUCAAAAGACUGAAACUGAACGGCGUUGUACAAGUGACCGAUAAAGCUAUCAUGUCAUUUGCUCAAAACUGCCCAGCGAUUCUUGAGAUCGAUCUCCACGAAUGCAAACUUGUCACCAACCUAUCCGUUACCUUCCUCAUGUCUACUCUUCACAAUUUACGCGAACUGCGACUCGCCCACUGCACCGAAAUCGAUGAUACAGCAUUCUUGGAGCUUCCUAGAAAUAUUUCGAUGGACAGCCUUCGCAUUCUUGACCUCACAGCGUGUGAGAAUGUUCGAGAUGAUGCUGUGGAACGAAUCGUCAGCGCAGCCCCCCGCCUAAGAAACCUCGUGCUUGCCAAAUGUCGGUUCAUCACCGAUCGUGCUGUCUGGGCUAUUUGCAAGCUUGGCAAAAAUCUCCACUACGUCCACCUCGGCCACUGCUCCAAUAUAACGGACAGCGCGGUCAUACAAUUGGUCAAGUCUUGUAACCGGAUUCGAUAUAUCGAUCUUGCAUGCUGCAACCGCCUAACAGACCGGAGUGUGCAGCAACUGGCGACGUUGCCCAAGCUAAGGAGAAUCGGGCUGGUCAAAUGCCAGUUGAUUACAGAUGAAAGCAUAAUGGCAUUAGCACGACCGAAAACAUCAUCUCAUUCCAUGGGAGUCAGUAGCUUAGAGCGAGUACAUCUGAGUUACUGCAUUCAUCUUACAAUGCCGGGAAUCCAUGCUUUACUCAACAAUUGCCCUCGAUUAACCCAUCUCAGUCUGACUGGAGUCUCAUCGUUUUUGCGGCAGGAAUUAACUGUCUUCUGCCGGGAGGCCCCGGCUGAGUUUACGCACCAACAGCGUGAGGUAUUUUGCGUUUUCAGUGGGGAAGGAGUCAACCGCCUUCGCAAUUUCUUGAACCAAGAAACUGUUCCCCAGCGAGACAUGAAUGAAGCUACCAUGUACGACGAUGAUGAAGAACUGGACGAAGAUGAGGGCCAGGUCACCGGCCUCAUGAACGCCACAGGAAUUAAUGACGACGACUACAUUGACAUCACACCUCACGGCUGAUACCCCUUGUCUUUCAAUUGAGCGAGUCCGUUUGAUCAAGUUUCUUCUCUCUAUCUCUGUCUUCAACAGCACUAUCCUAUGGCUUUUGAGUUACUUCUCUACACUUUAUUUUCCACUCUUGUCCGUUAAGAUAUUUCCUCCUCAUGGGUUUCUUUCUCUCCUUUGUCAAUAUUCUUAUUGGCCAAGGAGCAAGCAUUACCCGUCUCCCAUUUUUAUUUUUUUAUUUUUUUAUUUUUAUUUUUAUUAAACAGGGCUGUCACGGUUUAGGGGCUUUAUCUGGGAUAUGCAUUGGUAGCGGUUAUAUGCAGGUUACCGUUUUCAAGUUGAUGGUUGGGGAUUGGGUGGGCACAUACAGAAACUCUCUACUGCCAAAGUCUGUCAUGGUAGAAAAUAGAUAUCAAUUGAUAUCGGUACUAGGAAAAGGAGGAAGCCAAAUGACCGCUGCUCAUGCUGUUGGUUCUCCUGGUUGGGGUGGGAUGUAUAGAUCUAUAUAAGC